GUGCUGUCAGCGCGAUUUGCAAGCCUAAACAAAGAAGGUUUUGGGAAACUGCGUAGAACGAACAAGCUAAGUGAAAAAUAUUAGUUUUUCGAAAAAAAUUGUGAUUUGGUUUGGUGAUUCAGCUAUCACACAACGACGGAACUAAUCCUUCAAAAUGCUGGACUUGGAAGUGGUUCCUGAACGUUCACUAGGAUGCGAUAGUUGGGAAUUUAUCCUAGGUAUGCAUUUUUCCCAAGCUGUAGCAAUAAUACAAUCGCAAGUUGGUACUAUUAAAGGCGUACAAGUUCUCUAUUCCGACACGGCUCCUUUAAGCGUAGACAUCAUAAUCAAUCUGCCUCUGGAUGGAAUUCGUCUGAUUUUUGAUCCGGUUCAACAACGACUAAAAGCAAUUGAAGUGUUUAACAUGAAACUGGUUAAGUUGAAGUACUAUGGACUUCCAUUCAACUCGCCCGAAGUCGUACCGUCGAUAGAGGAAAUUGAACACUCGUUCGGAGCAACCCAUCCGGGAGUGUACGAUGCAGCGAAGCAACUGUUUGCGUUACAUUUCCGAGGAUUAAGCUUUUAUUUCCCGGUUGAUAGUAAGCUACAGCCAGGAUACGCACACGGCUUGGGAUCGCUUCACUUUCCGAGUGGAGCAUCCCCGGUUGUAUCGAAAAUGGCUUUGUACAGUGGCGGUAGUAUCGCGGAAACACGGCCGCCACCAUUGCCUUUGUCCUGCUAUAACCAGCAGCUUUAUCUGGAAUCGGCAACAGUGUUGCGCAAUUCGGGAGGGACGCGUGGUCUGCGCCUUCAAUUAUACACGGAGGGAUCUCCUCGCGCUUUAGAGGCAAAAAAACAAUGCCUAACCCGAGAGAUUAUCUUUGGUGAUAGUUGUCAGGAUGUCGCAAGUAACUUGGGAGCACCCUCAAGGGUGUUCUUUAAAAGUGAAGAUAAGAUGAAAAUUCACUCGCCUAGUGCCCACCGUCGAGUACAGUCGAAGCGUAGUGAUUUCUUCUUCAACUACUUCACAUUGGGCAUCGAUGUUCUGUUCGAUGCCAGAACUCAACGGGCCAAAAAAAUUAUUUUGCACACCAAUUAUCCGGGGCAUUAUAAUUAUAAUAUGUAUCACCGAUGUGAGUUCAAUCUGCAAUUAGCACCAGACAAGGUCACUGAGGACACUCCGUUGGACACACCUGUCAACGUAAGUGCAUAUUCCAAGUGGGACACAAUUUCAUCCCGCCUCGCCCCAGCAGAGCGGCCGGUAGUCUUGCAUCGUGCCGGCUCAACAAAUACCGCAAAUGUGUUUGGGUCUACAUUUUGCUACGGUUAUCAGGACAUAAUUUUUGAAGUAAUGCCCAACAACUAUAUUGCUUCGGUGACACUUUAUCAUCCGGCACCCUAUUUGGGUGAAACUGGAUAUGGCAGUGGCAGUAAUACUAGCAGCGUCAGCAACAGCACCAGGAAUCUGCUACAGGACAGCGCCAAAGGUAACAUUCGUGUCAGUGCAUGACCGGCUGUGGGGUUUAAUCAUCUGAUCCUAGUUGGUCAGUAUUUAAGUUGCGCUAACUAAAUCAACUAGAUCGAACCAUUGCACAUUCAGCAUAUGUGGAUAGAAAUCAUUAUUAACAAAUCAUUGUGACAAAAGUUUUUUUUAGCAUAGCGGCUAAGUUUAUGUUUGGGCCUCCAAUGUUUCAAUUUACCAUAAAUAGAGAUUUCUUUAAAAUGAUCAUGCUACUAACCGACCGCAUUGGAAGUCGUUACAAGCUAGUGAAGUUCAAAAAUUUAUUGAUCGUAACUAUGCGAGGUGGUAAAAUAUUCAAAAUAUACAGAAAAUGGUACACUAUAUUGAAAUCACCAUCUGUGAUUAGCAUAAAAAUGCUUCAAUGUGUCAGUAUCCAGCAAAAAAAAAUUAAAUGUUAUUUGAAAACUUUUAAAUAAAAAAAAAACAAUAAAAAAACUACCCUAAAUAUAUUUAAAUUAGGUUUCGAACAAA